AUGAAGACCUCGCUCUUCCUCGCCUCUCAGCUGCUGGCCGCCGGCCUCGCCUCCCAGCCAUUCCUCAAUGAGGUAGACACUGGUUUGGAAACCCGCCUCCAGUUCUUAGGCAACUGGACCGAGGGUACUCAGCCCGAACUCCGCGAGAUGCGCUCGCUGCAGGACUUCGACUUUGCCGCGCGCCAGAAGCUCAAGGCUAACCAGUACGCCUACUAUCGCCUCGGUGCCGGCCAGGAGUGGAGCUACAGGAACAACCUCGACAUCUGGCAGAAGGUCCGCUUCCGCCCACGCUUCCUGAGGGACAUCACCAAACUCAACGACUCGAUCGGCAUCGAGCUGUUUGGCCACAAGUUCAGCGCGCCCUUCUUCAUCGCGCCGGCUGCCAACGCUGCGCACUGUGACCCGGAGCGUGCCGAGCUGAACCUCAUGGAGGCUGCCGGCAAUGCCGACAUCCUCUACACCGCCGCGCUGCUCGCGGCCAAGACGAUCGAGGAGCUCGCCGUCGUGAAGCGCAACAACACCCUGAACGGUCCCCAAGUCGCCUUCCAGCAGAUCUACACGCAGAACAACCUGUCUGUCACCUUCAACGACCUGAAGCGCGCUGAGGCCGCCGGUGCCAAGGCCAUCGUAUGGACGGUCGAUACGCCGAGCUCGUCUGUGCGCAUCCGGUCGGCCCGAUACACCUCCACUGAGGCCGGCGUCGGUACUACCCGGCCCAACACCUGGGACACGUACGCGCAGCUUAAGAACCACACCAAACUGCCCAUCAUUCUCAAGGGCAUCCAGUCCGUUGAGGACGCCAUCGAUGCGGUUGAGCACAAGGUUGACGGUAUCUACAUCUCCAACCAUGGCGGCCGUCAGCUCGAGUACGCGCCCUCGUCUCUCGAGGUCGCCUACGAGAUUUACCGCAAUGCACCCCAGGUGUUCAACUCGACUGUCGUUCUGGCCGACAGCGGUGUCCGCUCUGGCAAUGAUAUCCUGAAGCUUAUGGCUCUGGGUGUGCACGCCGUGGGACUUGGUCGACCUUUCAUGUACGCUAACUGCUACGGAGUUGAGGGCAUUGCCCAGGCUAUCCGCAUCCUCCGCGCCGAGCUGAUCCAAGACGGUCGCAAUCUCGGCAUCAACUCUCUGUCAGACCUGAGCCCCAAAUUCCUAAAUCUUAACGAGCUUGCUAAGGAUGUCAACCUCUUGGACUGUAAGCAUUGA